ACGCGGGCGAAGCUGCAGGCAAAAGCGGGAACUUAUGUGCCCGUAUAUUUUUAUAAAAAGCACAGAUAUAAAAACAUUACAUAAAUGUGAUAAAAAGGUUUCUGAACGUUCAUCUCUCGGUAGGUUCUUUGAUUAAUGUUGUGACAUCCAUACCACGGUAGUGUAUUACAUACUCUUUGAACCAUACUAACAAUAGACUAUUGAGCAACGUCUUGCGAUGAAUUUCAACAAAAAUUAAGCCAUCAAUUUAAAAUAAGCCUUGAAGGCUUAUUUUAAUUCCAGACCAAUAAAUAAAAUGUCAAAAUAAACAUGAAAAAAGCUCCACAGGGGAGUAGCAAGCCGGGCGGAUCGCCGUUCAAAACGAAGCCUUUCUGCGACUGCGUGGAAUGCGCAUGCCGGGACUGCCCAGAUAUUUUACGACUGCUAGGGAUAACGGUCACUGAAAAAUCAUGCGAUUUCGGUUCUAAGGUCAAGGGCAAAGGCGGGGAGAAAAAGAGGAAGUCUUCGAACAAGAUCACGGUGACACCAAGCUUGCUCGGCGUGCUGGACGACCGCGACUGCGCGUGCGAGGUGAUGGCGCGCACCGUGCGCUCGCACACGCACGCGCACCUCGGCCUGCCGCUGCGGCGCGCGCGCCAGCCUCAGCCCGACCCCAACCCCAACCCCGACGCCGAACACAAACCGGAAUAAAAACACAAAUCCUUA